CUUUUAUCUCUUAAACAAGAAAAAAAAGUCCUUAAUCCGGAAUAAUAUCACUUUCUUUUUAAAAACAUCAAGAAAAAGAUUCGGUUUUAAGUACGCGACGGCCCGACCUCGAUCCCUAAUUUCUCAGACACCAACAAUUCUCUCUCUCUCUCCUUAAAACUUCCAACUUGAGCGUCAAGUUUAUUAUUCACUUCUCUAUUUAGAUCCAAAUAUUCCUUUCUCUUCCAAGCUCCUCUCUCUCUCUCUCGAUUUAUGUUCUCUACACCGAAUCACCAAAACAGUCGAGCAUGAUGAUGAUAAACAUGGAUUACUCCUCCAAAAUGCAGAAAUGUCACAGAUAUGUCGAAGCUCUUGAAGAAGAACAGAAGAAGAUCCAAGUCUUUCAGCGUGAGCUCCCUUUGUGUUUAGAGCUAGUAACCAAAGCGAUAGACUCGUGUCGAAAGGAGUUAUCGGGAUUAUCCACGUCGGAGAACGUCCUCGUCCAAUCAGAGUGUUCUGACCGGACGACGAGUGAGUGCGGCGGAGCUGCCGUCUUUGAAGAGUUUAUCCCAAUCAAGUGGAAUUCGUCUUCUUCCGAUGAACACGAGUCCGGUGAACCAAAUAAAGACGACGGAGCUGAGAAAGCCGCUUGUGAAAAUAACGGCGAUAAGAAGAAAUUAGAUUGGCUUAGAUCUGUUCAGCUAUGGAACCAGUCGCCGGAUCCACAGCUCAAAGAGGAUGAGACGACGGUGGUGGUGGAGGUCAAACGAAACUGCGGUGCGUUUCAACCGUUUCAAAAGGAGAAGCUGCCCGUUGUUGCGGCUGCGAAGGCUGACUCUGACUCUCAACCGCUUAAAGCAAUCACUCCGACGCCGACGACGUCGAGUUCCACGGCGGAAACCGGCGGAAUUAAAAGAGAGUCGGAGCAGCGUAAACACUCGCAAAUGCAUAGGAAGCAAAGACGUUGCUGGUCGCCGGAGUUACACCGGAGAUUCCUGCACGCGCUUCAGCAGCUUGGAGGUCCACAUGUUGCCACGCCUAAGCAGAUUAGAGAUCUCAUGAAAGUCGAUGGUUUAACCAAUGAUGAAGUUAAAAGCCAUUUACAGAAAUAUAGACUGCACACAAGAAGACCAGCUACUCCGGCAGUGACCAACGGCGGAGAAAAUCCACAACAACCGCAGUUCAUGGUUGUGGAAGGUAUUUGGGUGCCGUCUAACGAUGCAGCAAAUAACAGAGUUUACGCUCCUGUGGCAGUACAGCCGCCGCGAGCUUCACCGUCGGAAGAGAGAAGCAACAGGCGUUGCAAAUCGCUGACAGAAUCUUCUUCUACACACACGGCACACCUUCUUCCUCUGUCAUAAAUAGUUUAACUGUCUCCAUAUGAAAAUUCUUUUCUUCUUUUCGAGGUUUAAAAUUUUGAAAUAAACUGUAAAACACGUCGACGACAAGAGAUACACACAUGAAAGAGAAAUAAACAUUUUGAUACUUUAGUUUGAUAAAGAUAAUACAGUAUGUAGUAUUGAUUUUUGGUCAAGAAUUUUCUAGACGAUAUCUUACAUUGG